AUGUAUCGUUACUUCUACACCAAUUUCCAGAUGCUGCGCAUUCUGAUUCCCGCUCCCAGUGAAGAACCAGACUACGAGAAGUCUUUCCGAUUGAUCAUUUUGGAUGCCAAGAAUCGACUUGAUAUUCGUGUACGUCGCGCAGUUCAACCGCCUGCUGAGAUGCAACAGAGGCGGAUGUACACCGUCUCGUCAAAUAGUGGGCUCUCUUCUCUCGCGGCUCUUGUACCAAGUUUGGCCGCUCGACAAAUUCGUGAGGCGAACAUUGCAACACCGAUAAAUCGACUAGUUAAGCGAGGAAUUCCAACUACUUCAGCGUCAACGGCGAUGACGUACACAGUGAAUAGAGUGCUACCUAUCGGACCCCCCGCCGAGGUCGUCUAUGUGCUGAUUCUUUUCCUUCUCCUCCUCUUUGUCAUCCAUGUUUUGGGGCACAUUACUCAACCGGAUCCUUCGCACUAUUGGAUUGGUUGUACACCCGCGCAAACCUCUGACCCCAAUGCCACGACCUCGGCGGCGAUCUUCACCUUUCGACCUCCUGACAAGGUCACACCUUUAACCUACUGGCGACGGGUCUUUGUAUUAGUUAUCUACCUCUGUCUCAAGUCAGCCUACACCUUCAGUGUCACCCUCACUGCACUCAUCAUUGUAACACGCUACUUCACGAGGUAA